UGACGAAAACAAAAAAGAUACCUCCCUGGUGCCAAUAACAAAACCCUCGAGAAAACCUUAAAAAACUACUGUCCACCGAAUGCGAAGAGAGACAGUGCUUCAACAUCGUGGCCACUGAACAAAAUUCCAACGGCUACAUUCGGGCGCUCCCUCCCCGUGGCACGUCAUUGUCCUCAUUUCUUCCUCAAGCCAAAGCCCAACAGUCCGGUCCGGUCGAGGUCAAGCCAAAGUCAAAAGGGACGCCGAUCGAUCUCCUUCUCAACAAUCUCAAGAGCUACAGCAGCACAGUAGACCUGAACCAUGGUGUCUCGGUAUUUGGGCCCCGCAAAGGCAUUUCUGCCCGAUUGGCCAGAAUGGGCAGUGGAUAUUCUAUUGGUCAUGACGGGAAUGCUCACAGUAACCUAUGGUGUCACAUCAUUCUUCCACAUCGAUGACGAAUCAGAAGAAAAUACGAAAGAGGAAUCCACAAAAGAAAAUGGAAAUGGCAAGGCAAAGAAAAACAGACAUGAACUACACGAGGAGUUUGAUGUCUUUAGACGCCAAUAUAUGAUCGUCUAUCUCGUCAUUAUGCUGGCGGAUUGGAUGCAAGGAACGCACAUGUACACUCUCUACUUGUCAUACAACGUCAACAUUAGUGCACUGUUCUUGACGGGAUUCCUCAGUGGAGCCAUCUUUGCGCCAUUCUUGGGAAGUGCCGUCGACAAGUUUGGAAGAAAGCGCUCUUGUAUCGUAUAUUGCGUACUCGAAAUUAUCAUCAACACCAUGGAACAUUCACAAAAUUUCACAAUCUUACUCAUUGGACGGGUCCUGGGAGGGAUAAGCACCAAUCUACUUUUCUCUGCCUUUGAAAGCUGGAUGACAACGGAACACAGAAAGAAGGGAUUCCCUGAGGAAUGGUUAUCCAGAACCUAUUCGGAGUCAUCCGUUGGUAAUGGCGUCAUGGCUGUCCUCGCAGGAAUUGUGGCACAAGUUCUAGAGGACAACCUGGGGCACAUUGGGCCAUUCCAGGGAGCCAUUGCUCUGACGGCCCUGGCACUCUUCCUAAUACUACGAUGGGACGAAAAUUAUGGAGAGGAACACGCCGGGGAUCACAGCAAAUCAUCUCUAUACCACCAAUUCAUCGAAGGGUGGAGCGCCACCGUUUCAGAUUCACGAAUCUGGAGAAUUGGGAUGACCCAGGCGCUCAGCGAGGGAGCCAUGUACACGUUUGUCUUUAUGUGGGUGCCAACUCUUCUAUCGCUGGACCCUCCGGGUGGGCUACCUACUGGAUGUGUCUUUUCGGCACUCAUGAUGGCAAUCUCCUGUGGUGGAAUGAUGUUCCCACCUCUGUACAUGGUCCUCUCGAAAUAUGUCGUAUCAAAGGCCAAUGCGGCCGAGGUCUGUGCCUCUCUGGUCUAUCUUUUGGCAAGUAUAUGCAUGGUGAUUCCAGCCAUGUGCCUAUCACUCAGCCAGGACAACACCGGUUUCUUUACUUCUAUCGUGGCGAGUUUUAUGCUGGUGGAAUUCUGCGUUGGGUUGUUCAUGCCAUUGGCCGGAACACUGCGGUCAAAAUACGUACCAGAUGCCUUGCAGGGUGGAAUCCUCAACAUCUUUCGUUUACCCCUGAAUGCUAUUGUCGUCUCUGGGACGUAUGCUACAGACGUAAUGGCACCAGCGGAUGUAUUCAAGCUGGUCAGUGCAUCCUUCUGGUGCGCAGCCGUUCUGCAAGCAACAAUGGUCUUCACCAAGAAGGAAGACGUCAAAUCAGACCACCUAAAGAAAGAAUAA